AUGUCUACCUUAAACAUGCAUCCACCACAAACCUACUCCAGACUAUUCCGUCCUUGGGAUUGUAAUAGCAGUGCAUCAUCAUCGCCCAUCAAUCAAACCGUGACCAAUGAACAACAUCAAGUCGCCAUACCUUUGGUGAAAUCUGAAUAUAGUUCUUCCAGCGAGGAUAUGUCUGCAUCAUCCACUUCUAUGGUGAAAACCGAAAAUUGCUCUUUCAGUGGCAAUGAAAGUGAUCGUGAAUGUGCUUCCUCCAGCAGUUCUUCCUCAAAAUCAUGCAGCUAUGAGGAUAGUUUCAGCAACAGCAUGCAAAUGGAUUCAACUACAUCUACAUCACCCACCAUGACCAAUGCCUUGGUACAUCCUGUUCCCUAUACGAACUCUCAUUUAUAUGGAUCUUUGGACAGUCAUGCUAACCAUUUGGCAGCACAUCAUCAACAUCCUGCUCAUGCCAGCGCCAUGACUCACAUGAUGCCACCUAUGCCUGCUGCCUCGGCUAGUGAUUUUUAUUAUGCUGCCGCCGCUGCUGCAGCAGCCAAUGGAUUACCACCAGUGCCUACAACCAGUGCCGCCGCUGCUUACGCUUUGGAUCCCUAUGCCUUGAGUUUAAUGGAACAGGAAUAUGCUCGUGUUAUGGCCGAAGAUGCCCAUCUCAAGGCCGUCAAUGCUCGCAAGCAAAGACCCAAGAAAUUCAAGUGUCCCCACUGUGAUGUGGCCUUCUCUAACAAUGGUCAACUCAAGGGCCAUAUCCGCAUUCACACCGGCGAAAGACCCUUCAAGUGUGAUGUUGAAACUUGCGGCAAGACUUUUACACGCAACGAAGAAUUAACCCGCCACAAGCGCAUACAUACCGGCUUGAGACCCUAUCCCUGCACCGCCUGCGGCAAGAAGUUCGGCCGUCGUGAUCACCUCAAGAAACACAUGAAGACCCACAUGCCCCAGGAGAGACAAUUGGGACCAGCCAUCUUUGUGCCCAUGUAUCCUUAUCUUUAUGGUUACUAAAUAUGGCAACUUCCA